CUUUUCCACAGACUGUCCAAAGCCACGGAGAAAAUGGUGGAAAAUUCACCAUCGUUAUUGCCAGAAAGAGCGGUUUAUGGCUUUGUACUUUUCUUAAGCUCUCAAUUUGGCUUCAUACUUUAUCUUGUAUGGGCUUUUGUGCCUGAACCUUGGCUACACUCCUUAGGCUUAACCUACUGGCCUCAAAAAUCCUGGGCAGUUGCACUGCCUGUCUACCUCCUUAUUACUAUAGUAAGCAGUUAUGUACUCUUAUUUGGAAUUAACAUGAUGAGCACCUCUCCACUCAAUUCCACUCAUACAAUGACAGAUAACUAUGCUAAACACCAACAGCAGAAGAAAUACCAAAAAGAGUCCAUCCCAGCCUUAAGGGAGAUUCCUAUUCAUGAAGUAAACCAAACGUUUUUUCUUGCAGACAAAGAACUUCACACUAAAAACUGA